AUGAGAUCGAGUACAUUGGCGAUUCUCGUCGCCUUUCUUGUUUGUUCAUCGAGUAUAGACUCUUGCCAUGCCAUAGGAUUCGGCCAGUGGUACUGGAGGCCGUGGUUACCACCUUGGAUGCGCCUUGGCAGGUCGAAUCAUCCGGCUCCACCACCACCACCAUUGCCAUCACAGUCACCACCGUCUGUGUCACCACCGUCACUGCCACCACUGCACAAUGACCACCCCCCUCCGCCACUACUGCCUCCUCUGCCAAAGAACAGUCAUAACCCACCGCUACCGCCACCGUCUGUGUCACCACCGUCACUGCCACCACUGCAAAAUGACCACCCCCCUCCGCCACUACUGCCUCCUCUGCCAAAGAACAGUCAUAACCCACCGCUACCGCCACCUCAUCCGCCAUCGUCUAAUCCACCACCGCCACCGUCAGCCAAUGCUGGUCACGAGACCAGAAAGUCACCCACCUUUAAUGUGCUAAAGUUUGGUGCGAGGGGUGAUGGAAAGACCGAUGACACGACGGUAUUCCGGUCCACGUGGGCCGCUGCUUGUCAAGUGGAGGCAUCGACAGUGCUCAUCCCCGAAGGAUAUGAAUUCCUUGUUGGAACGAUUUCUUUUGAAGGUCGACACUGCAGAAAAAACAUCGUUUUCCAGCUGGACGGAACUAUUGUUGCACCAACGAAUCGCGAGAAUUGGGGCAGGGAUCUGUCCAAUUGGAUCGUGUUCAAAAGAGUCACGGGACUCACAGUUCGGGGAAAAGGAACAAUCGAGGGCAGAGGCUCGGAUUGGUGGCAUGUCUCCUCAUCCGAUGAUCUUGAAGCCAUUGAGGAUGCUGAGACAAAUGUGGACUUAUUAGACGAGGACAAGGAUGACGAUGACGAUGAUGAAGAUAACCCGACAGAGCAGGUAACAUUUUCCUUCUAUCGGGGUGUCAAGCCAACUGCCUUGAGAAUCUAUCGGAGCGACAAUGCGAUCCUCACAGGGAUUAAAAUUCAGAACAGUCCUAACUGCCACGUGAAGAUCAUGAACUGCAAUGGAGUUAAGGUGUACAAUUUUAGCGUAUCCUCGCCCGGUGAUAGCCCUAAUACAGACGGAAUACAAGUCCAUCGCUCGAGAGAUGUGGUGAUCCACAGCAGCACUCUUGCUUGUGGAGACGACUGUAUCGCCAUUCAAAAGGGAUGUCACAAUGUGACUGUGUACAAUGUGACGUGUGGACCUGGGCAUGGGAUCAGCAUCGGAAGCCUAGGCCCGAACCACUCCAAGGCCUGCGUCUCUAACAUCAUGGUUCGGGAUAUUGAUAUGCACGACACAACAAAUGGAGCCAGAAUAAAGACAUGGCAGGGAGGAAUGGGCUCUGUUCAAGGAGUGACCUUCUCGGACAUCCGAAUGUCCCGAGUACGAUACCCAAUCAUCGUCGACCAAUACUACUGUGACAAAGGCAAGGGGCCCUGCAGCAACCAAACCUCAGCUGUGGCGGUAUCGGGACUCACUUAUGAGAAUAUUCGAGGAACGUACACAGACAUGUCUAUCCUAUUUGCAUGCAGCGACAGUAUCCCAUGCACCGACAUCACCCUCAACGGCAUAGACCUGCAGCCCGUGCAGCAGAAGAAGGGCCAUGGCCGCCACCAUCGCCACAUCCACAAGCCGUUAUGCUGGCAGGUCUUUGGAGAGUGGACACAACCUAAGGCCCCGCAGAUGGAUUGCAAUGUGCAAGCAGGCAGGCCAUCUACAUAUGAUAAAGUCCGAUCGAAUCUCAACAUGUGUUGA